AGGGAGUAAUAUCCAGCCAUGAGCUUCUUUUUGUUACCACCGGUCUCAUACCAAACUCAGCAGAAAUUGAAAAAGCAUUCAGCCUCAGGGUCAUCGGCCUCUCGUCGCCGCCACCGCCAGCCGUCCCUGGCUUCGAGUGCCUCUUCUGUCAAAUCUGCACCCAGGUCCUCCAGAACUGUAUCUACGUCAACCGCAUCGGGUCGAAGUCCCCCGGCCAUCACCAAUCCCCACGCAUAUACUCUUGAUAACCCAUCAAUCGAUGAGAUCCUGAAUCUUGAUGCAUUGCUGAUCACAUCUGACAAAUCUCCCAAGUCUAAGUCGCAGCCGAACUACAAUUGUGGGGCCGAAAUAAAUGAGCUUCUUGGAACCAGCAAGCACCGGGGUCGGGGCCACCGCCGCCGGUCUCAGGGAGGCAGUGUCAAGACGAGUGCCAGUGCCAUGGAUGCCAGUAGUACUUAUUCGCACCGCCAGUACCAGCCCCUGGCAUAUUCAACGUCUGUCUUCCUGGAAGACGACUCAUUGGUUCAACCAGUCGCCAAUGGGAUCACGUCCAACUACCGCAUGGAGUUUCGGGACAAAGUGCAUCCGGUGGAAGAUGCAGAUGCCAAUGAUAUCGAAAAUUCUAAAACCUCAGUGGAGUUUCAAUUGAGCGAGGAUGAGGCCGAGGGGGGAGAGGGCAACCAACUCACACGGGUGUACUCCGAUGUAGACCUGAUUUUUUCAACCAAGGUGGACGUCAGUCCCAAGAAGAAGGGGUUGUUUCAUUAGAGGAAAGAGGAAAGAGGAGAGAGUAAGAGUGUCAGAUAUAGCUGUUCAUGAUCACAAAAAAGAGCGGUCCGCCUCUCAAACAUCAGACCAUCAGCAGCCCAGUCUCCCCUGGCGUCAGGAACCGGCUUCCCGCUGUAGGCAUGUAUUAUAGAUUACGUUUAUACGAUAUGAAUUAAUAACAAAUUCCCCAGUGCGACGUAGGAUUGCAGCCAAAGAACACUUGUCGCGCACGGGUUGGUCAAAGGCCGAGGACCCAACCAAUUCCAAGCUCAAUUGGUAGACACCUGGCCAACACCUCACCCAAUAGCUCUUACCCGCCAGCAAGUUGACGAAUAUCCCUUGCGACACACUCCCAUUGUCGUUACCAUCAAUGCCAUUAUUGUUGCUGACUGAUUUAGGCAUAUUCCCGAUAGCAGGGGAUGGUCGCGAGCCUGGGUCCCAUGACCUACCGAUCCUCAUGCAGAAAGAGAAUUCUAAAGAUCCCUUGCUGAAGGUGCAGCUAACAAUUGUGGCCAGACAGCCCUGAACAGGGUUUAGACCUGGGUGCUUCUGUGGUUUCGUAUUUGUGUCAGCUUCUUUUAUUCAAGUUCGGUGCUGCCUUUGCUUAUUGCAUAUCCCUACACAAGCACCCAUAGUGGUGCCCAAGUGGAGAGCAAACUACAGGAGUAUUGACUUUCCUGUUUGGGAACUAAUGGAUAUUUGGGGCAUUGUCUACACAAUGAACAAUGCCAUUGGAAUUGGGGUGGAUGUACUAUU